UCGUUGUGGGACAUAACAUGGUAUAAGCACGAAGCUGGCGGUCCGGUACGUAUCGCGCAUCUACCGGAGUUCAGUGAAGGUCGUCAUCAGUCGAUAGAAGCAAUGAUAUCGUUCUGUUCUUAGUGGACGGGUGGUGGUGAUAGUUAGCAAAAGUGAGUUUCCAUCGGAUCCAAACCCAGCAGAACAUAGUUUUCUUUUUCGGGCGUUUUAUCAUGUUUUCCGACCUGCCGUGCUUCCGGUCAUUACUGCGUGUUUUUCACCGAAACCGAACUUAGUGACAGAAUAAUAAUGAUAUAGGGGAGCGCAGUCCAUGCGCGAAUCUCACGACCUACAGACAAUAGGGAAUUCCUUUGUGUGAAAGUAUGGCCGGGAAAGUGUUGCAGUGAAAUGCACUCGUGAAUCCUUUUUAAACUCGACUUGGCUUUAUUCCGUCGCUAGUACACUUACACAUAUUCCUCAAUGCGUCCUAAUAGAACGAGUGCACUCCAGAGCUCAUAAGCCGUGAAGUACGUGGAUAUCUAGACUCUUGCCCAACAUCACCUUUUAAAGUUUCAUCAACUCAUUCUGUUGUACUUACUUUCAAUUGGAUAAUUAUAGCCUUCGUAACCAAAAUAAAGAUGCCACUUGAGGCGCGAGCACUAACAGCGAAAUAAUAACACGUUGGUGGGAAGCAUGAAUUUAGAAUCCAUCGUGUAUGACUACUGAACAUAUGUACAUUCAUAUGGACAUACAUAUGUGCGAUAACAAUAAAGAGACGGGAAUGGGAGCAGUGCGGCUAAGGCGUGUGCUUCAGGAGACCCAUGUGCUGCAGACUUUCAAUUCCGUUUCAUGCCGCAACUGACGAGUUCAAGUGAAAACAAAUUUACUUUAAGAAGUUAUCAUUGAAUCCUGAUCCUCUCACCUGAAAAGUUGUAUGUUCCACUGGAGCAUAGGAAAAGUUCUAGUCGAGUUUUCACUCCAUCUGUAGCCGCAUUACGUAAAAACAUAGGACACUUUGCCAGAACCUACAUACCUCCUAUGUGUAUAGUACCUACUGUUGGCAUCGAGGAGAAAUUCUAUAAAUUUGUUCGACGUCAUCUCGGUGGAAAGAUAGUGAGCGCAUUAUAAUGUUCAUAUACGCGUCGGAAGAUGUGCAGAUAACCAGCGUGUAACGGAUUACCUAGUAAUAAUUCGCGAGUGGUUAACAUACCGAGUACAGGGCAACGAUGAAGAACAACAAUUCGCGACAAUACUCUGUAAUUUGAAGCUUAAUUACUUUCAUUGAAAUGUUUACGCAUUAGUGAUUGGUGAGCACACUUGAAGUGAAAAUAUGACCAACAUGUGUUGAUGUUUUCGUCUCGUUUGGAAUAGGCAUCGUACUGAACGGUCAGAGAAACGCCUAUACGCAGUGAUAACUGUGCAAUGAUUGUUGAUCCAGAGUCUGUGAAUUGUAUAUAGUGGUUGUCCAACAUACACCCAUAAUGCAUUUCCGAGAGGAAGAUAAUGAUCGAUCAAAAAAUGUUAUUCAAGAUACGAAAGUUGGACAGACUCUAGUGUGGCCUUUCCUUUUGCAGGGCGCAAUGGAAAACCCAUCAUGUCCAUCGACCCCUCCGGAAACGAUAUCAGCCCUAUUAUGGACAACUGUUGCUGUAUUUGGAAUUGUUUACGCCUUAUUAGGUUAUCGUUGCCUUCGCGCUAUUGGAUUUCUGAGUGGUUUAGCGGCUGGAGCUGGUUGUAUAUUUCUUCUGCAAAAACAUGAAAUAACUUUAUUCGUUAGUCCAGCUUACUCAGCUUUGGCAGUAAUUGCUGGACUCCUUGGUGCCGUUGUCGGCUCUGCUCAUCCGGUAGCUUCUGCACUAGUUAGUGCUUUUGCAGGAGCUAUAACAGCUGCCAUAGCAAUGACAAUAUGUGUUGCCACAAUGCCAAAUAAUGAAUUUGGGCACCGCGAGGUACUAGUGGCUGUAGCUGGCGGAGCAGUUAUUUUUGCUGUGCUCACAUUGUGCUGUGUAAAAUAUGUUACAAUCUUUGCGUCAAGUAUAGUUGGCACCGCGAUGAUAAUUGCGUCGAUAGAUUUCUUCAUGCACGGAUUGGACACUAUAAAUUGGCUAUUUUCGAUGAAACCUGAUCCGCCACCACCACCAUGUUGGGGUGGAGUUCUAAUUUGUGCUUGGCCUGUAGCGGCGAUUGUUAGCGUAAUGGUUCAGUGCUUCAUAACUGGAUGGCGCAUCGACCAUCGAAAGCCAGUUCUUCACCGUCGCAGGGGCAAUCGUGCACGCGCUAAUUCAAGGCCUCGUACCAGUAGAGAGGAAGCUAGACAACGAAAAUAUAGAUAUUUGUACCAAGUCAGGACAGCUAGGGGAGACAUUAUAUCACAAAACUACGUGUCUGCCCUGCAAAAACGCAUUCAACCAGGAACAAAUACUCCAUCCGAACAUUCAACAAAGACAAGCUCGAAUGAGCGCAACACAAUGCGCAGCGAUCGCACACAUUUGACAAACAUUCCGGAUUCUGAACUUGGUGAUAAGGUUGAAAUUAUAAAUGAGCGUGGAUGACCAAAAUCAUAAACUGCUGCUCUGAAAUUAUUAUUUUUUUACUUGUUUUAACAUGUGAAGUUGAAUAAACGAUUUACAAGUAGAAAUUAUUGCAAUUAGAUGUAGAGGAAGCUAAACCAAAAACCAUUUACUAUGAUAACAAUGAUGCUGUUUUAUAAUGCACAAAACAGGAGUAAUGCAAUUUGCUAGCAAAAGGAAAAUACCCUCUUAGCCUAGAUUUGAUAGCCUUGAAAGAGAUAUAUGUAUGCAUCAGUGCAUCUCGAGCAAACACAUAAAUUUUAAGUAGGAAACUCAUUUUAUGUUAGUGUAUAGUUACUCACGGACUUAUAAUUAGAUAGAAGUAUACAAUGUAUACUGAACGGAUCAAUUCAACACAGAACGUGUUCAUUUUGUUCAGGUGAUUUUCCAAAUAUUUGUAUGUUCCUUUUGUGUGAUUUUAUCUGCAAAACAAUAGAACGCUGAGAAACAGCACUUUUUCAGACUAAAUGUUUUUAGAUAUUUUAAAUAAGAUUGUUUGUAAAUUUAUAGCGUUGGUUCCACUGAAAAUUCUCAUAUCUCCGAAUAGUACAAAUUCUAGGCGAAGUGGUGCUAAACAAACCAUUCUACAUGAAAAUCGAAAUUCAAAAGCAAUUAUGUGAUUAAUAAUACGGUAAAUAUAUUUUUGUAUAAUGAUAGCAUUGAAA